AUGGGGAUCCUGAAAGACAUCCUUGAGCCUGGGGCGAUCACGGCUAUAUUCACUCUCGGGGCAUGGAUCGACCGGCACGAGCGUCUGCGCGAUGACGUCGAGAAUGAUAGCCGUAUGCCAUUGUUGAAGGAGGACGACUGUGAGCAAGAGCAAGAUCCAAAUGAGGAAUCCGAAGAGAAUGAAGCAACCAAUGCACCCAAAUGCAGACCUCGACCUUGGCUUCAUUCCCGAGUGCUGGCGCGGUAUCCAUUCGUUCUGGAGAUAGGAAAGCCGAGCACCAUGCAGUUCAGAUUCUAUCACUGGAACAUCACGUCCAUGUUUGAUAUUGAACUCUCCACCCAGCAAUUCAUUCUCACCAACGCCCCAUGGCUAAAUCAUGUUCUCGCCAGCAUCUACUAUUCACAUAUCGUCGUCGGGGUGGGAUUUUUCAUUUACUGCUACACCUGCCUCCCACACAACCGGUAUCAGGCUAUUAGACGCACACUGGCCCUGAUGAACGUUCUCGCCUUCGUGGCACUGUCUAUCUGGCGAUGCAAGCCGCCACGCCUGCUACCCGAAGACUUCGGCUUCGUCGAUGUGCUCCAUCGGGGUAACUCAGGCUCAGCCUGGAUGCGGAACAAGUUCCAGCUGACGAUUGCGGCGAUGCCGUCCUUACACUUUGGGAACUCGGUGUUGAUCGCGUUUUGCUUGGUCGCGUAUAGCCCUUACUCGAUCCUUCGAGUAAUCGCUCCGUUGUGGCCGGUGGUGACGGGGUGGACUGUGGUUGCCACUGCGAAUCAUUUCAUUCUCGACAUGGUGGUUGGUGUCGCGGUGAUUGUCAGUGCGUAUCGUUUCAAUGGAGCGAUGCUAGUGCUGUUGCCUCUCGAGAGGGUGCUGUGUCGGUUGAUACGUUUGGAGAAGCCUCGGUAUGCGUAG